CUCCUGAUAGCAAAUUGUUUGUGUACAUAUAGAGGCUGUGAAGAGGCUAUGAUAUAAUAAGCAAUAGUUCAUGUUGUAUUAAUACAUCAAUCAAACAUGUGUUUCGGACCAUUCGCAAGGCUGUACCAUUGGGGACCUCUAACUGCUCUAGCCAUAAUCAAGUUAGUCACUGGAAUGACUGUACAUUGCUCUAGUAUGAUUUGGCCUACGGACACUCCAGGUGGACUUGUCAACAUCUUUGGGUUCAUGGCAUUGUCCGGACUCUCAAUCUACAACUUCCUGGCUGCAGCAUUCCAUGGGCCAGGCUUUUUACCACAUAAAUGGACACCUGAAAAGGAAGAUGACAUAUCUGAAUUGCAAUAUUGCGGGGUGUGCCAAGGAUACAAAGCACCUAGAGCUCAUCACUGCAGAAAAUGUGGAAGAUGCACAUUGAAAAUGGAUCAUCACUGUCCAUGGAUAAAUAAUUGCGUUGGCUGGGGCAAUCAUGCUCAUUUCACUUACUUCCUUUUGUUUUCUGUAUUAGGCUGCAUGCAUGCUACUGUUAUACUAUCAGCCUGUAUGUACAGGGGAUUUUAUAGAAUCUGGUAUAUGUAUUACACACCGAAUAUUCCCCAGGUGCAGUUCAGCAUUUCCAGUGUAGUUAUCUGUAUUUUCUCUCUAGGCUUAGCCAUUGGAGUGGUAUUUGCUGUUGGUAUGCUAUUAUUUUUCCAGUUAAGGUCCAUUGGUAGGAAUCGAACUGGCGUCGAAGAAUGGAUUUACGACAAAGCAGUAAGGAGGAGGCAAAACACAGAAAAGGUGUUCAAAUUUCCAUAUGACUUGGGCAUCUACCAAAAUAUCAAACAAGUGGUUAAUUUAAGUGGAAAUCCAAUCGGCGAUGGUAUUACUUGGAAAGUCGCAGAAGGAUGUGACCAGUACACGUUAACGCGUGAACAGUUAGCACAAAAGGCUGAGAAAAAGCAAAGAGCAAAGAUGUACCAAAUUAUUCAGCCAGCAUCCGGUUAUUGGUUUCCUAUUAGUAAAGGCCUGUACGUACUCAUGAGCUCGCCAUGCACAGAGGAUCCUCGCAUCAAACUAGAAAUUGAUGAUACGGUUUUAGUAACUCGUUGGAAUAAGCAUUGGUUGUUUGGUGAAAAGAUGCAACCGAAUAUACCCGAAAGCGAGAAAGCAUUAAACCGCGUCCGAGGUUGGUUCCCACGGAAAUGUGCGGUCCAAAUGAUCGAGCCAACUUCGCCCUCACCAAAACAUUCGAAGAAGCGAAACUGAAUUUUGGGGAACGUCACCGGGUUGCGCGACCAUAUCUAGUCUUGAUGCCGUAUUCGUACGAAAUAUUUCAAAGACAAUCACCAUCUUGUGUGUCGUUAAAUUCGAGUCGACGACUUUAAUAUUAGUUUAAUUCGACUACAUUCAAUUAUUUUAAUAAAGUGUUUGUGCAUAGUA